ACCUCUCUUUCUCCCUCCCUCUCUCUCUCUCUCUCUCUCUCUCUCUCUCUCUCGUUCUAUCUGCUACAGGUGUGAGGAGAACUAUACCGGCCAUGCUACAGGUGUGAGGAGAACUACACCAGCCAUUAGCAGGCGCCUGUCCCUCCCGGCCAAAACCAGACCUCCAUCACAUAGCAUUAAUAAUAUCAUAAUACUGACCUGACAUCAUCUAGAGCAUUACGCAUAUAUACACUUACACACCAACUUCUGUUGUGUUCUAAGACUCGUGUGCCCAGUCAGCUUCACCUGAAUAGAUACAGUGUGAGUUUUCACGAAGUGACAUUCAGGACAGGCAGGAUGAAUUUUGACGAGGUCCUGGACCAGAUCGGAGGGUUUGGACGCUUCCAGAAGACGCUUUAUGUGUGGAUCUGUCUGCCACAGAUCUUCUUGGCCUUCCACAUGUUGGUAUCUGUCUUCACUGGGGCCGUGCCCCCUCACCUGUGCAGAUCCGCCUGGCCAACAGGCAACAGUGGUGGCCCUGGGCUGGGCCUCAACUUCAGCAUUGCUCCUGGGGAGUCCUGCACGUCCUUUCAGGAUGGCCUUUUGUCCCAGCUUAAUCAUAGUCCACCAAUUACUGAGCACCUGUCCACCUCAAACAGCUGCGCAGGAGGAUGGGAGUUCAGCAAGGAAGUCUUUCUCAGCACUAUUGUCACAGAGUGGGAUCUUGUGUGUGAAAAUGCCACUCUGAACAACAUUGGCUCUUCUAUCUACAUGUUUGGGCUGCUGGUUGGAGCUGUGCUGUUUGGUGCCCUUGCUGAUAAGUAUGGCCGCAGAAUUAUCAUAUUGACUGGUUUAGCAGUACAGGCCAUCUUUGGAGUGGGGGUCGCUUUCGCCCCAAAUUUCUACAUUUAUGUCCUGCUUCGCUUCGUGGUGGGCAUGACUGUGUCUGCAGUGAUCAUGAAUGCAUUUGUGUUGGGUACUGAGUGGACGGGCCGCAAAAAGCGCAUGCUGGCAGGUGUCAUUACAGAUUAUUUCUUUGGUUUUGGCUAUAUCCUCCUUGCAGGGGUGGCCUAUCUCAUCCGAGACUGGCGCAAACUGCAGUUGGCCAUAUCUGCCCCCGGCUUCCUCUUCCUGUUCUACAUCUGGGUACUUCCUAAGUCUGCCCGUUGGUUAAUGGCCAGUAAGAAGCAUGAAGAAGCAUUGGAUCUGAUUCGUAAGGCAGCACUUAUUAAUGGCAAACCUCUGGUGGACAGCGACAUUGAACUCUGUCAGAGCCCUAAAAACUCAGAGAAACUGCAAGACCUGAGGAAGUACACUGUCAUCGAUCUGGUCCGAACGCCCAGAAUGAGGAAGCAGUCCCUCAUUCUCUUCUACUUGUGGUUUGUGAACGUCCUGGUGUACUAUGGGCUGUCACUCAAUAUUUCAGAUUUUGGUAUGAAUAUCUACCUGACACAGAUGAUCUUUGGCUUGGUGGAGAUGCCAGCACGUACCAUUACUCUCUUCACCCUAAACCGCUCACGCAGGAUAUCCCAGUCAGCAUUCUUGGCAGUAGGUGGCCUGGCCUGCCUUCUAACCAUAUUCAUUCCAGAUGAUCUGUCCAUUGUUCGCACUGUACUUGCGAUGGUGGGCAAGUUUGGCAUCACUGCAUCACUGUCCAUUGUGUACAUUUACUCAGCAGAGGUCUUCCCAACUGUCAUCAGACAAAACGGCAUAGGUAUGGGUUCGAUGUGCGCACGGGCAGGUGGAGUGAUUGCACCCAUCAUCUCCCUCAUGAGAAACAUCAGCCAUCAUGCCCCCAUGGUGGUAUUCGGCCUGUGCCCACUCAUAGGUGCCGCCCUCACUAUGUUUCUGCCUGAGACAGCCCAUAAUCCUCUGCCAGACACUAUAGAGGAUGUGGAGAGCACCAGCUUCAGGACUACAGCUGAGAAGUCACAACAUGCUUUGUAUGAAGAGUGUCCCAAAUAGAACCCCGACAUCAUCCUCUGAACAGUCGGCCCAAAUUGAUCUCUCUCCAAACAACCAUUUCGGAAGGAAAGACUUUUCAUGUGUUGUUUCCAACUCUUCUUUCCAGGAGUACUUGAAUGUAGUCAGGCAAGUGGUAAUGGAAUGCAGCCAAAUGCAGUGCUUGUAUGAAGGCAAGAGAAAAACAUUACUGAGACUGGAUUUUGGAAGCAGUUUUAUUACAAUAUUACAAUAAUAUAUAUUGCUAUGACGGCAAGGUCUGAAUCUCCAGCUAUGUUUCACUCUGCCUGCUGGGUUUGUGAAUAUAAAAUUAACUGUAAUAUUUUUGUAUAUGUGCAGUUAUAAGCAGCAUCUUUUCUUUUUUUCUUUUCUUUUCUUUUCUUUUUUUUAAAUGAAAAAAAAAAGAAAAGAAAAAAGGUUGCGAUAACUUGAAAAAAUAAGGCAAGCUAUCACAUUCAACUUAGGUUAACUCAACUAAUUCAACUUUAAUUCCAGUUAAAGUUAACUUAAAUACUUUUCUUUAUCUAAUGAGUAACGGGUAGUUUUUUUAACUUAAAAAUUCUUGUCAAAGCAACUAAAGAAUGUUUAACAUUUAACAAUGCAAGCAGCUACAAUCCUUGUUUUUUUAUCUCUCUGUUUGAUUUUUUUAAGCUAACUGCAUGAUAUUAACAUUAUUUUCCUUUUAAAACUAAAGGCAAACAUUUUACCUGUUUUACUCUGGCAAAUAUAUUGUACACAAAAAGCAUUGCAAUGAAAUGCACAUAUACACACAUAUCUCAAACAUGGUGAUAAUCAACAAUUGUAAUUCACUAAAAAUAUGAACUCUUGACCACAUGACAGUUAAAUAACAGUGACACCACCAGCAGCAUAAAUCAAGCCUGUAAUUGCAAACCAGUGAUCAUUUUUAGAUUAGUACAUAUUUGUUUUCAAGCUGCAAUGCAUGCUGGGAACUAGCACGGCAUUAUUCAAUGUAAAAUUAGGUGUGAUCAACUUAAAGCAGCACUGCGCAGGCUGAUCUGUGUAUGACAUCAAAGUACUGCGAGAGGGUGGGUGUAGGUUGCCUCAAAUGGAGUGAAUUAGUUGAGUUAACUUAAGUUGAGAAUGAUAGGUUGCCUUAUUUUUUUCAAGUUAGCUCAACCCUUUUUUUUUUUAAACAGUGACAAGAAUGCACUGCAAUGCUUCUCACAAACUCAUCAACACAAGCUUUUCUCUGUCACCCAUCAGUAGCUUACCAGUUUUCACUGGGUGGAAAAACCAAUAAUACCUUCUGGGAUUUACUUUUAAAAUGUUUUAAGUGACAAACACAGGAGUGUCUAAACAUUUCAGUGUACAAUUGUUAAGUCAGAAUUUAGCUGCUAAAGUUCAGUUGAUGCUGCUGCUGAUGGAUAUUGUAACUAUACUAUUCUUCAGCCUUCUUGUAAUGCCAUCAGCUAUGUAAUCUGUAUUGUGAAGACAAAGAAUUCCAGUAGCAUCAGUGUAAUUGGUCACCACCUGGUAUUCACGACUCAGUUGACUGGCUCAAAAAAAUGGACCUCCUUAGAAGAAAUACUAACCUCAACAGAGCCUGUUUUAUGCUAUUACAUACUUAAUACUGUUUCCAAACUUCUUAAAGCAUUUUGCAAUUACCAAAUCUCAGUCAGCACUCAUGCAGUAUUCUUCUAAGGUAUAAGUUCUUAAGGGGUUAAGGUCCAGUCAUGUUCCUUCAGGAUGAUUUUCACCCUUCUACUGAUUUCUUCUGCUACUACUUCUUUCAUUUUUCCAAUAUCUGUGCACUCAUCAUCCAACACUAAGAGGAAUAGUUAGUCCGUAAAUCAAAUCAAUAUAAAAAACUCUAAUUUUUUAGCUAACUAUCACCACCUUCUGGAGAAAAACGUUACUCGAUUCUUGAUUAUUCUUACUGAACUUUUUUUUUCUUUUUUUUUUUUUCCAGAAUCAAAUACAACUAAAAUGAUCCCACUGGGGUCUUCUGUAUUUCUACAAUAUAGUGUUUAUGCAUUUUAUAGGGUAUUUAUUGAAUAAUUUCAUUUUUAUACAAAUGAAUUACAGGGUUUUGUAAAAAAAUUUUAUAUAACUGAAAAUGGAUUUAGAUAUGGCCAAACUAUACAUUACUAGUAAAUUUAUUUUAUUUUUGUCUCUGUUCUCUGUUACCUGACAUGUAUUAAAUAUGUUUUACAAAGUUACAUUUGGAUUUAUGUUAUGUUGUUAACAGAACAUUGCACAGCAAAUUCUGAUGAUUUACACAUGUCACCAUGGUGAAGAAGCUGAUGAGGUUUCAUGGAAAUUGUCAUGUUGAAUGGUCUUGGAAGCAACAUUAUCUGUAUUAUUGUGUCCUGUAGCCGUAGGUUGUUUUGUGAAGAGUUUCCAUUUGCAAGCACACAUACAUUACGCAUUUCUGGUCAUGAAACACUAUCCAAAGACUUCACACUACAACUGGCAUUUUAAUUAGUGUGUGAUAGCAGCUGCAGCCUCCUGUCCGAGUGACACUAAACCAGUGUGUUCUCAGACUGAAAACCUUCAUACAGUGCCUGCUAUCCACAUGAAGUUAUUUAUGACACAAAAAAUGGUUCUCUCAAAGUUAUGAACGAACAUUCUUCCAGUAACAUUAAUCGAAUGUUGUUUCAAUGUUAUUUGGUCUUCAAUAGUCUUCUCAUAAAAUUAGCACAAAAACGUUAUUUAUACAUAGUUUUAGAAGGUUUUUUAAAUGUCCUCAUAAAGUUGGGAGAAAACGUUCUUAGAAAAUAUUGGAACAUCCUUUAAACAUUAGAACUUAAUUAAAUUGAAAUGAAUAAGGUUGUGUGUGCUGUUAUAAAAGAACAUCCUUGGAACAUGGGAAAGUUGGCUGUCAAUGUCUUUGUGAAGUGGUCUGAUUCACUGAUCACAUCUGAAGUCUAAUCACUGGUCAGAAGUAUGUUUUUGUUAUUAAUUUGUUUUAAAAUUGUGCUACUGACCAUGUUAUAAUAUAAAUUAUGAAGACACUCACAGACAAUAUGAAACGCAACAAUAUGCGCUUCAUGCCAGCAUGCAAAACUCAUUCAUGGCUCCCAGCAUGCAUUGCAGCAUGAAAAAAUUAUGCAGCUAGAUUCUUUUACUAUUUAUAUUUUAAUGUUCUUUUAUUUUUUUAUUGUCAUCAUUGUUGAGGUUUGUAUGAUUGAUAUCCAAGUUUGUCUCAACUUUUACACAAGAGGUUAUAGCAUUUGUAGAAGAUCACUUCAGUGUUACAAGUGUUGAACAGUUGAACUUUUUUUAUUCAUUAAUGUUUCAAAUUUGUAACUAUUUAAAUCAGUCAUGAAACUACAGAAAAAGCAGUUAUUUAAGCCACUUUGAUACAAUCAUUUGAUUUCAUUAAAGUAGUUUUUUUUUC